AUGGUCCAUGCCGCGUGCAGACUUCAAGUACAAGGAGGACUCGGUGAUGGUGGUGACAGAGGCCGACUCGACGGUACUUUCUCUGACAAUGCCGCGUCGCACCCCAUCUUCUUCUCCAACAACAGCGACACAGAGGUGGCCCUGGACCACCCGGGCCCCAUCUACUUCAUCAGCGGCGAGUCCGGCCACUGCGAGCGUGGCCAGAGGAUGGUCGUCCAGAUCGUCGGCCCGGGCACGCCCCCGCCGGCGCCUCCUAGCCCGCAGGCCCCGACCGGCGCCGCCACGCCAGCAGGCACCACCGGGGGCGCACUCGCCGGCGCCAUCGCAGCCGUGGCCAUGGCGUUGCCGGUCAUCGUGAUCGGAGUCUGA